AUUUGUUUAAUUGAUUCAAAGCAAUUUUUUUAUGUGUGUGUGUGUGUGUGUGUCUGUUGCUGAAUGUUGAAUUCGCCCAGUGGCGAAGUGGAAGUUACGUCAAAGGGAGCCAACAGCCAGGCGACAACAACAGCAACAAUAGAAACAACAACAACAACUGAAACAACAGCAAUCGACGCGCCAAGCCGUGUGUCAGCCUUUGGCGCGUCCUCCUCUGCCCUGCCGCUCCCCCCGCUGUUGGCCCGAGUUAGCAUUUGUUCCGGCAACGCGGCUCGUGCACGGACGCUUAUGUAAAGUGUAAUAUGGAAGCAUGUCUUCCACAUCCAGCUCCGUGCUAGCGCUGUCUUCGUUCAAUUUAUUAUUUUUCACCCAAGUGCUAACGGUGCUUAGUAUCACCAUCAAGUACAACGAAUAUGCGACAGAUAAAGGUGGAAAUGUUAGCAUACCCUGCAUAGCACAAGGCAAUAUUAUGUGGGUUAAGGAACACGGCAGUAAUAGCACAAUAAUACAGACGGGUCGUAUAUUGGUGUUGCGUAAUGUGAGUACCUCGGAUGGCGGCAUCUAUGUCUGCUUUGCGACGCUGCCAGUGACAACAACGAGAGCAACAUCCACAGCAGCAACAGCAAUCCCAGCGACAGCAGCAACUACCUCAUCGCAACAGCAGCAGCAGCAAACGCUUGGAGUGGAACAGGGGAAGCAAGAGCCGAAUGCAGAGGAGAUGGAAGUGGUGGAGCAAGCGUAUCAGGCUUAUCAACGUAUCAAGCUGACGGUGCGCACCACACCUGGCCCGGUGUCGCAGCUUUAUUUCAAGGCCUCCACCAUACUGGGCUUUCUGAUUUGGCGCUUCAAUAAGACUCAAUCCGGUGGCUAUCCUGUGCGCAGCUUUACGGCCGAAUAUCGCAAUGUCUCGUACCGCACGCCGCCGGCGAAUGCCAGCUAUGAGCACCAAUGGAGUCGCAUGGAUCCCAUUAAUAUAGCGCCCAAUGUGCGUCAAAUGGAGGUCUAUCGCCUGGCGCCCAACACCACAUACGAGUUUCGUAUAUGGGCCAACAAUGAGCUGGGCAGCGGUGAGGUGGUCACCACCAAUGUAACAACAUUGCCAGAGACCAAGGAGGAGGAUCUCAUACGCCUUAUAAAACCCGACUUAGAUAAUUUUGAUCCACGCAUUUGGAUAGUCGCCGUCAGUAUAGUGCUGGGAACACUUGUGAUAUUAGCCAUUGGACUCUGUAUUGUGCUCUCUAAGGAGUGCUAUCAAUCAACGCAAAUGGAUCUCCAAGAUGGUUGGGACAGCAUUGAGCUUAUACCGAAUAUAAUACUUAAUCCCGGUUUCAGUGAAUCCGAUGGAACUAAGAACGUGCAGCCGUUUACGCGCCACAUUCUUUUUGGCCACACGGGACAGCAAUAUACCCAUAAUGUUGUUGAUGAUGAUGACGAUGACGACGAUGAUGAUUACGAGGAGGAGGAGGAUCUGGAGCCGACAAUGGAAAAGUUCAAGCGCAAAGUUUCGGUAUUCUUUACAGGUCCCACCAUCAAACGUAUUUGAAAGUACAAAGUGCAAUUUUAUGGCUACGCCUAUACAGAUCUAUUUAGGUUGUUGAAUUGUGGCUACGGUUUAACCAAAUAUACACACAUACGUUUGUACGAUACUCUGUAGAGCUUAAUAUGUUUGUGCAAUAGGCAAAUCAUUUCUUUCGGUUUCAUUUGCCAUGCGACACGAAGACACCAAUUUUUAUAAAAUAAACGCUAUUCGCUUCAAGAACGCUUCAAGACAAACGCAUUCAAAUCUAUUUACUAUCUAUGUAAUUGUUAUUAACAAUUUCUUUUGUGAACUGUUAAAGCGUUCUGCUAAAAUGCGAGCUUCAUGAGGUACUGAGAACCUAACAAUUAUUGCUGUGUUCCAAUUUUUCCAAAUUCUUUCGAGACUAGCGCUCACUUUGUAGCUUAUCGUGAAUAAAUAUGUUAACAAUUUGAAUUUUUGAAAUAAGUUUAGAGAAAUGUUCAACAUUUUGUGCUCAUAUUUUUGUCAUACACACAUGAACAUACUCACACACACACACACACACACAGAGACAUGCACACACACAUUUCUUAU